CUCUCUCUUGAAGACUACUCCGCUCUACAUCCAUUGUUUUGUUUCCAUUGUUGGUCCUCUAUUUGCUUUCUCUCUUGCUGCCUACUGCUUUGCUUUACCCCUUCAUUUUGCUCUGCGCUUUCUCUGUGGCUAGGGUUUGCUUGACAUUUUCCUGCUGGAUUUCAGAUUCACCGCUCGGAUCGUUGUUUCGCAGGAUUUGGUUGGUUAGUCGCGCACUUCAAGUGGUUGGAAAGUUAUUUCACUUCUUUGCUAGAGGAGCACCAGAUAAUCGGUUUCUCUGUGGCUUUACAUGAUAUUUUGAAGUUGAUUGUCGGCUGGCCUUCUCUUUCGAAGGUAUCUUGUCGUUUGUGGAGGGUUUUCUUGUGUCCAUGCUGGCGGAGAGCAUGCGUGGAACCCGUAAUUUGGGUAAUGCCCCUGACAAGAGUCGUUGCUGAUGCACUCGGUGUGGUAACCGUUUGUCUUGUUGCCAUAUUGGUACUUCUCGGCGUCCUAUGCAUUUUGUAUUCAUUAUACCUCCGCAGUCUGAUCCAUGGACAAGCUCUGGCUCCGCUUACUUACUUCAGCGGUCCGUGGAUCAUCAAAAUCUUAUUCAUCAUUCUCGCCAUGUGGUGGGGGGCCUGUGAAAUUGCUCGGUUGAGUCUAUUGAGGCAUAAAGGGAAGUUCUUGGGCAAGCUCACUCAUCAAUGGCAGCAAAAUGUUUGCAAAGGGUACAUAAUCUCGAACCUAGGAUUUUCCGAGCCUUGUUUGUUUAUUACUCUCACGUUUCUCCUCCGCGCAUCUCUGCAAAUUCCCGGAGCGUUAAGUCGGAUGUGGAACAGGAAAACUACCGGCUUUGUUCUUCUUUAUUGCUUGCCGAUGUGCAUUCUUCAGAUUACGGUUAUUUCCGUUGUCCCGAAAUAUAAGGAGGAGCUUCGUCCAAGAAUCCCGUCUUAUUUCUUUGAAGCGGCAUCGUCCCCGAGAUCUGCCGACGAUAUCGUCCACUGCACUUACCCGCUGUUGAGUACAAUCUUGACCGGUCUUUUCGCUACGGUAUUGACGGCUUACUUCUUCUGGCUCGGGCGGCGAAUCCUUCAUUUGGUCAUCAGUAUGCGUUUGCGUAAAAGGGUUUACGCAUUGAUCGUCUCGAUUUCGGGCCUUUUCCCGUUGAGAGCUAUUCUGCUCGGCUUAUCCAUCCUCGCGGAUCCGGGAGACGUCUUGUUCGACGCCAUUUCGUUCUUGUCUUUUCUAUUGUUUUUUUGCAGCAUGGGUAUGAUUAUCUGCAUAGUUAUAUACCUACCGAUUGCCGAUUCUUUAUCCUUGAGGCGUCUGCAAAUAGAUUCGGAGGCGGGAAGACAAGCCUGCGGCGGGUAUGAUGAGUCGAGCUCUUUGAUUGGCGGUCGGAGCCCGGUCGAAGGAAGCGCAAGAAACUCAGCCGGACAGGGUUCGAUAUCAUUUCAUCAUGCCGGGGAUGACGAUGGAGUAGAACCUCCUCUGCCGGUCUCGGAUGCAGGUUUUGUGGAGCUGAACCUGUUUAAUUCUAGCAUGCAUUCGAGCCCGCCUGGCUCGCCGAGUCUCGACGGUUGGCCUGCCACCGGAGGCCGCCGCAGUGGCGGCGGCGGCUAGCUAGCUAACAUUUUUGUGACGACCUGGAAACUUUGUUGUAAAGGAUCUUUAGCUUUGAAAUAAUCUGAUUUCUAAUUUUGGUUU